AUGAAUCCUCCAGUCUUCCUUGCCAUGAUUUGCUUGGGAACAGCCUCAGCAGCUCCAACAGCUGAUCACAGUUUAGGUGCACAGUGGAACCAGUGGAAGGCAGAACACGGCAAAACAUAUGAACUGGGUGAUGAAACACAGAGAAGAGAAAUGUGGGAGGGGAACAUGAAAAAGAUUGAACUGCACAAUCGGGAAUACAGCCAAGGGAAAUAUGGCUUCACAAUGGCCAUGAACGCCUUUGGUGACAUGACCCAUGAAGAAUUCAGGCAGGUGAUGAAUGGCUUUCAAAACAAGAAACAUAAGAAGGGGAAAGUGUUCCCUGAACCUGUCUUUCUUGAGGUCCCCGCAUCUGUGGAUUGGAGAGAGAAAGGUGCUGUGACCCCCGUGAAGAACCAGGGUCAGUGUAAUAGUUGUUGGGCUUUUAGUGCGACUGGAGCUCUUGAAGGACAGAUGUUCCGGAAAACUGGCAAACUCGUCUCCCUGAGUGAGCAGAACCUGCUGGACUGUUCUGAGCCUCACGGCAAUUUUGGCUGCAGUGGUGGCCUGAUGGAUAAUGCCUUCCAGUACGUCAAGGACAACGGAGGCCUGGUCACAGAGGAGUCCUACCCAUACGAAGCAGAGGUUGGAUCUUGUAAGUAUAAUCCCAAGUAUUCUGCUGCUAGUGUCACUGGCUUUGUAGACGUCCCAGUGCAGGAAGAGGCCCUUAUGAAGGCCGUGGCAGCCGUGGGGCCCGUCUCUGUUGGCAUUGACAUGAGCCGUGACUCCUUCCAGUUCUACAAAGAAGGCAUUUAUUUUGAACCAAACUGCAGCAGCCAUGACGUGGAUCAUGGCGUUCUGGUGGUUGGCUACGGCUUUGAAGGAGCAGAAUCAGAUAACAAUAAAUACUGGCUGGUCAAGAACAGCUGGGGUGAAAAAUGGGGCAUGAAUGGCUACAUAAAAAUGGCCAAGGACCGGAACAACCACUGUGGAAUCGCCUCACUAGCCAGCUACCCCCUCGUGUGA